CUUUAUCAAUCUGAAAGGAGGAUAACUAGCGCACCUCUUUCAUGUUCUUAAAUAGGCAGGGGGAGUAGGUUGAGGAGGCAGCAGUUGGCCAGUACGUUCGUCAUAGUGCUACUCGGCACAUGCCGCGCAGUGCGGAAUGGGGGAGCCAAUGGAUUUUGGAGAUUCGCAGUUUGUGUUCACUGACCGGGAGCUUAACGACUUACUAGGGGCAAUUGAGUCACAGCGGGCAGCAGGCGUCGAGGGAGAGCUGGAAGUCCCAGACUUCCUACGUUUGGAGGGCAAGGAACCUCUUGCCUUGCAGUUCCAGCCGCAUUACAGCAGAGGAAUCGAGCAAGCUCUUGACGCCUCUAGGGCUUGCGCGCUGGUGAAGGAGGAGAUGCAGUCGGUCAGCCAAUUAUCAACUGCCAUGGCGUCAACACAAGCCGAAAUACAUCAAAUUCAGCCGUCUUUUGUCGAUGAGACAUACAAUAUGGGACGGUCUUCUGGAAUACCAGCCACCCAUCUGUCGGGUCCAACCGCACUGAUGGCUCCCUUCAGCAGCGGCAUCCCCAGUCCGACUCUCGGAGUCGGCUAUUCGCCAUUUAUUUCCUCUGAUAUGGCCAAAUCAGUUAUUGUUCCACAGUCGCCGCGAAUUGUCCAAGCACAAGAGCAACUACCGGUGUUGCCGCAGCCGGCUACCUUGCCUCCAUCAUCAUCGCGACAGUCCUUGCCGUGCCCGAGCCGAGCUUCCGUCGCUGCUUCACGCCCCACUGCCCCGGAGGUACGAGCGGGAGCAGCCGGCAACAGCGGCGGCAACGCAGCCGGCCCCAGAGACGUUAGCGGCGGCAGCGGCGGCGGCGGUAGCGGCUCUGGCCACCAGAUCAGCCAUUCGACGGUUGAGAAGCAGCGGCGGGACCGCAUCAACUCACUCAUUGAUGAGCUCCGCGAGCUGGUGCCCCCGCAGCGCCCGCAGCUCCUGCGCUCCAACAACGGCCCUCUAGCAGCGGCAGGAGGAGGCGGAGGAGGAGGGGGACCAGCGGGAGGAGGAGCAGCAGCAGCAGGAGGUGUGGUCGCCCUGUGCGCAGAUGGUGGAGGUGGUGGUGGCGGUUGCCCCUGUGAGGCGGGUGGAGGUGGAGGUGGAGGUGUUCCCGAGUGCCGGCGACCCAAGCACGUGGUGCUGGCGGACACGAUUGCGCUGCUGAAGCACCUGCAGCGGAAGCUCCAGGUCAGCUCCGCCGCCCCGCAGGAGCAGCCGCCUCCCCCCGAGCAGCCGCAUGCAGCAGCAGCAGCAGCAGCAGCAGCGGACCGGCAGCAGCAGCGCGAGCAGGAGGAGGAGCGGGAGCGUAAUGAGAACCCGCACCAGCCUCAGCAGCGGCGGUCGCGGAGGGAUGGAAGCGGCGGAGCAAGGGAGGGAGGCGCGGCGGAGGAGGAUACUGCUCACAUGUGCACUGGGGGGCGGGAGGGAUCGAGCAGCCAGGAGGAGGCUGAGGAUGUUGAGAUGCUGAGUGGAGCUCCCCGCAUGCCGCAUAUCCCCUGCCAUGUGACGGAGAACGCGGGAGUAACUGUGGAGCGGGGACCCGACUGCUACUACGUGCAGGUCAAGUGUCGAGACCGCACGGGCCUGCUGUCUGACAUCAUCAACGCCCUCAGGCAGCUGCCGCUAGAGAUCCGCACCGCCUCCGUCACCACCACCAACGGCAUCGUGCGGGAUGUGUUUGAGGUGCGUCUGGAGGGCGGCGGGGGUGAGGCUGCUGCUGCAGGAGGAGGAGGAGGAGCAGGAGCAGGAGGAGGAGCAGCAGGAGGAGGAGGAGGGAUGCCAGAAGGCGCGAGGGGAGGAGGAGGUGCUGAAGGCCCAGUGGGCGCAAGCGGUGGCGGUCCUCCUCCUCCUCCUCCUCCUCCCUCCCUGGAGCCCGAAGACCUGCAGAACCACAUGCACUUCGCACUCUUCCAGCGACCACCGCCCCCUCCUCCGCCGCCUCCUUCGUCUCUACCUCCACCUCUAAUUCCUCUACCUGCUGCUUCUUCGCCGCCUCCGCAGCACCAGCACUUGCAGCAGCAGCAGCAGCUGCAGCACCCCUACCUGGGGCAGCAGCUGCCGUCAUGCGGGCAGUCGCCUCCCGGCUACAGCCUCCACCCGCCGCCGCCUCCGUACGUCAUAGCUCCGCCGCCGCAGCAGCAGCCGCUGCUGCGGCCACUGCAGCAGCAGCACCCCUACCUGCCGCCUCCGCCCCUCCCGCUGCUCCCACUGCUGGCACCCCACCAGCACCAGCAGCAGCAGCACCACCUUCUAC